AUGUCGAAUCCAAUUCGCCUUCGAGACCUUAUUCGACAAAUACGUUCAGCAAAAACAGCGGCUGAAGAACGUGCGGUUGUACAAAAAGAAUGUGCUUACAUACGCGAUGCAUUUCGUGAUGAAGAUAACACCUGGCGAUGUCGAAAUGUCGCUAAACUACUCUACGUCUCCUUGCUCGGUUAUCCAGCACAUUUCGGACAGCUGGAGUGCUUGAAAUUAAUCGCAUCAGCGCGAUUUACAGAUAAACGUAUUGGUUAUCUAGGAGCAAUGCUAUUACUCGAUGAACGUCAAGAUAUUCAUGUACUCAUUACAAAUUCACUAAAAAAUGAUCUGAACCAUUCAAAUCAAUAUAUUGCAGGUUUAGCACUAUGUGCAUUAGGUUCAAUUUGUUCACCAGAAAUGAGUCGUGAUCUUGGCGGUGAGGUUGAAAAUGAUCUGAACCAUUCAAAUCAAUAUAUUGCAGGUUUAGCACUAUGUGCAUUAGGUUCAAUUUGUUCACCAGAAAUGAGUCGUGAUCUCGGCGGCGAGGUUGAAAAGUUAAUGAAAUCUUCGAAUCCGUUUUUAAAGAAAAAAGCUGUUCUAUGUGCUGUUCGGAUCAUUCGGAAAGUUCCUGAACAAUUUGAUGUUUUUCAGAAUUCUAUUCGAAGUUUACUUAGUGAAAAGAAUCAUGGUGUGCUGCUAACGGCGACUGCUCUUAUUAUUGAAAUGUGUCAACAAAAUAGUCACGCACUGCAAAUCUUUCGAAAAUUAGUACCAAAUCUUGUACGAAUUCUCAAAAACUUAAUCAUGUCAGGUUACAGUCCUGAACAUGACGUAUCUGGCAUAAGUGAUCCGUUUUUACAAGUGCAGCUUUUACGUCUAAUGCGAAUAUUAGGUCGUAAUGAUCUGGAAGCGAGUGAAACGAUGAAUGAUAUCUUAGCACAGGUGUCGACAAAUACAGAAAACAGCAAAAAUGUCGGCAAUGCAAUUCUUUAUGAAACGGUAUUAACCAUUAUGGAUAUUAAAUCGGAAUCUGGUUUGCGAGUGUUAGCCGUAAACAUCCUGGGAAGAUUUCUACUCAAUAAUGAUAAAAAUAUUCGUUAUGUGGCGCUGAAUACACUUUUACGUGUUGUUCAUGCCGAUCAUAAUGCUGUUCAACGACAUCGAGCAACGAUUGUCGAAUGUUUGAAAGAUGCUGAUGUUUCAAUCAAAAGACGUGCAAUGGAAUUAUGUUUCGCAUUAAUUAACUCGAAUAAUAUACGAACAAUGAUCAAUGAAAUGAUCACAUUCCUUGCUACAUGUGAGCCCGAAUUUCGAGCCGACUGUACAUCGAACAUGUUCUUAGCUAUGGAGCGAUUUUCACCAUCAAAACGAUGGCACGUAGAUCAAAUGAUACGUGUACUUACAACGGCUGGAAAUAGCGUUCGGGAUGAUAUUGUAUCUAGUUUAAUUAGCAUUAUAUCAUCAACUUCUGAAUUACAUGGUUAUACAGCACAGCAAUUAUAUAAAAUUAUUCGAAAUGAUAUAACUCAACAACCGCUCGUUCAAGUAGCAUCGUGGACUUUAGGUGAAUUUGGUGAUUUAUUUGUUAGCGGACAAUAUCAACAUCCGGAUGAUAAUGAACAUGUUCAAGCAUCUGAAGAUGAAAUUGUCGGUGUAUUAGAGAAGAUUUUAAACUGGUCGAUAAGUACCGUUGUGACACGUGAAUAUGCGAUAAACGCAUUAAUGAAAUUGAGUACUCGAUUUCCAAGCUGUUCAGAUCGAAUUCAAUCAGUCAUGACUGUUUACGCGUGCAAUAUGAAUUUAGAAUUACAAACACGUGCUGUGGAAUACACAUCACUUUUUACUAAGCAUAAUCCGAUUAGACCUAGUAUUGUCGAACGUAUGCCAGUGCUUGUCAGCAAUGCAGCAUCGAAUACAGCUAACGAGGAAACAUCUUACGAACAAGAAGAAUCGCCUUCAUUCAACGGACAGAAUCAUUCCGCCCAAGCAACAAAUCCAUCUGAACAUGUGAAUGAUCUAUUUAAAAUGCUUGAUGAAACUCCUCAAACGAAUGGUAGAAAUGAUUCGAAUGCUCAUUCAAAUAUCUUAGAUUUAUUGAAUUCUGGUUCACCACAAGUAUCCUCGUCAUCCAAUCCACUCGAAGAUAUUCUCUUCGGAGAUGACUCAUCCAAAAAUGAAUCAAUGAACGGUUCGAAUUCCACUAUUCCAUCCAUGAAAGUCAUUGAUAAAAACGGCCUUUUGAUCGUAUUUCAAUUUGAAAAACAAGACAGUGUCCUGGUAAUACAUUUACAUGCAACUAAUUCAACAUCGAUACCAUUGAAAAAUUUUACUUUCAAAGCAGCUGUACCAAAAACAUUCAAUCUGGAAUUAUUACCACCAAAUAGUACAACUAUUCCGGCAAAUAAUUCCGGCGAUGUUCGACAAAUAAUCAAAAUUUCCAAUCCCAACAAAGAUAAACUUCGUAUGCGUAUUAAGUUGAGUUAUUCAUCUAAUGAUUUUCAAGUGAAUGAUGAAGCAGAAUUAAACACAUUUCCUGAACAGUGUUAUACUUGA